CUCGUCGGAAGUACUCCUUCCUAAGCUGCCCCUCCACACGAAGCACAACCCCGCGAUCGACUAGACUCUUCGCCAACAACAGCGUCCCUAGUCCACAAGCGCAACCAGAAACGACCGAAUCAUGGCCGACAACUCGAACCCAGCUUCUCUGGAGCAGGAUAUUAACCCCUGGUCCGUGGAGGGCGCCCAGGGCGCGGACGGCGAGGUCGCGGCCAUUGACUACGACGCCAUUUGCCAGAAAUGGAAGACGUCUAAGAUUGACACGGAGCUCCUCGAGCGCUUCGAGAAGGUGACGGGCCACAAGCCGCACCGCUGGUUACGCCGAGGCCUCUUCUUCAGCCACCGCGACUUCGACAAGAUCCUGACCCGAUACGAACGAGGCGAGCCCUUCUUCCUAUACACCGGCCGCGGGCCUAGCACCGGCAGCCUGCAUCUAGGACACACCAUCCCCCUCAAGUUCACCAAGUGGCUGCAGGACGUAUUCGACGUGCCGCUGGUAUUCAUGUUGACAGACGACGAGAAGGCCCUGUUCAAGGACAACCUCACUUUCGAGGACACCCUUUCGUAUGCCAUGGAGAAUGCGCGCGACAUCAUUGCUCUCGGAUUCGACGUCAAGAAGACGUUUCUGUACAGUGACUUGAAGUACCUGAGCAACCACUUCCUCAUGAACGCCUGGGAGUUCUCUAAGCUCGUCACCUUCAACCAGGUUCGCGGCGCCUUUGGCUUCGAUGGAAGCUCCAAUGUCGGCAAGAUCUUCUUCCCGUCAGUUCAGUGUGUCGCUGCGUUUGCCACCUCGUACCCCGAGAUCUGGUCGGACGAGCCCGCCUCUGUGCGAACAAAGGCCAUUGCCAAGAUUCCUUGCCUCAUCCCCAUGGGCAUUGACCAAGAUCCUUACUUCCGUCUUGUCCGGGACAACGCCCAUCGCAUGCGAUAUCCUUCACCAAAGCCUUCUUUGAUCCACUCCAAGUUCCUUACUGCCCUACAGGGCGCUGGUGGCAAGAUGUCGUCGUCGAACCCCAACUCGGCCAUUUUCAUGACCGAUACCGCUAAGCAGAUCAAGACCAAGAUCAACAAAUAUGCCUUCAGCGGCGGCCAAGUCAACAUUGAGGAGCACCGACGACUUGGAGGCAAUCCGGAUGUUGAUGUGUCCUACAUCUACCUGACGUACUUCGAGGAUGACGAUGAGAAGCUAGAGAAGAUUUACAAGGACUACAAGAGCGGAGAGCUGCUUACCGGAGAGCUGAAGAAGAUGGCUAUUGAGUCGCUCCAGCCCGAAGUCCAGGAGUUCCAGGAGCGGCGAAAGCUUGUCACUGACGAUGUUCUGGAGUCGUUCAUGAAGCCCCGAAGGCUGGAGUGGAAGGGAAACCAGAACCCCUUGCCCAAGGAGGAGGUUAAGAAGGACGAGAAGAAGGACGAGAAGAAGGACGAGAAGAAGGCUGAGAAGAAGGCCGAGAAGAAGAAGGCCGAGCCCAAGGCUGGCGAGACCACUGAGCUUCCCAUUCGAGAAUAAAGACGAGGGGUAAUAGAACAGGAAGAAAACGGCUUUCUUAGUGGGCUUUAGGCCUCGACGCGAUGGUAUACUUGAGGUGAAUGAGCUUGUGGCCCUGGCACCUCUACAUUCAAAAUCAAGCACAAUGAGAUGUCG